AUGGUCUGCGUGAGGAGCAUAACCAUUGAGCUGCUGUUUCACCACUAUUCCAAGCCCAGGAAUUUUCUGUUCCCCUUGUACCCUCAUGGGCAAGCUCCGCCUACGGGGAAUUGGGCACCUGGGCUGAUCUCGCGGCGACACAUCGAGGUUCUCAACGCUACAGCCCCUUGGGAUAAUGUAGUGGUCUCUGUGAACCCGAUAUCGUUCACCAUGACUGGAUGUUAUCGUGAUAUGAGUCAUCGCUACCUGGAACUUGAGUCCACUCAUCGACAAGCUCUGUGGAAAUCCACUCAUGCUUUCGCGAUCUCCCCGGCCCAACGACGAUAUGAACGGUUCAUGCAAGCAUUCUGGCGCCAACGAAAGCAACGCCGAUCUCGCUUUGGAGCGCGUUGGAAGAACUUCUUGAAGAUGAUACUCAGCGGCAUGAUUGCUGGCCACUGCGAUCUUGACAUCUUGCUGGAUCCCUUCUUCCUCCACUAUCCGCGCCCACAUAAGAGCGAGUUUGGUAUCCAGGGUUAG